AAAUGUCACACCUUUACGAGUACCUCCAUCCCACGCUAAUUCUACAACACCUGACAAAUUAAACUGAUCCGAAACAAACCAGAAUUAUGAAGUUCCUCUUGGAGUUGGGUUCGUGUUACCGUUCAUCGUCGACGCGAACCCAAAAUCAUGUGACGAGAUCAACCCAUGAGAGAAGCUCCAAAUCUGGAAGAGGUCAUCAAUGGAAGCCAGCUCUUGUUGCAAUCUCAGAGGAUGGGGUUGUUUCUGGUCAUGAGGGUAACGUUCAAUCUAAGAAGAUGACAUCAGCCAAAGGUCGAUGGCCAAGGGCCAAAGCUCCAAGUUUCAGUUAUACUACUAGCGAUGAUUUUCAGUACUACUCGAGGAGAAACGACGGGCCGACCAUGGUACCUGCAGCGUUCUCAGCAACGCCGUUCAUGUUUUGACGAUGUGUUCUGUUUUUAAGUGCUUUUUGUUGAUGUAACUAUGUAUUAUCGGAGUUAGAUAUGUACCGUAUCGGUACAGAAGAACGAUGGAUUUAAUUUUCUUUAGAACCAUCUGUAUUUUCAAUGCUUGCGAUUACUUAAAGAUCUAUAUAGCCAAAGAUUAUAUUAUUGUCUAAA